CUUCUCUAGCUCUCCUCUCUCCUCAGAUCAGCUCUCAAGACUCUGAAACUCUCGAGCCCCUCUCGAACCCUCUCAAACUCAUUCUCAAAGUAAUAGCAACAGUAACAUUGUAUUUCUCUCUCUCUCUGUUUCGUUUCGAAAAAAAAACCCAAACAAAACCAAAAGCCCGUCGAUCUCUCGCAAUCUCUCUGGUUUUGGAGAUGGAGAAUUCGGAAGCGAGGAGUUCCCAACGCGUCCGAGUCGCGGUUAGUAUCAGGCCAGAUGACGGUACGGAUUGCAUUUCAGUGGUUCAUGGUGAACCUCUGCCUCAGGUGCAAAUUGGUUCGGAGUCCUUCACCUUCGACUAUGUUUAUGGUGGUAGUACUGGCUCGCCUGCUUCUGCAUUAUACGGUGAUUGUGUUUCUCCUCUUGUGGAUGCACUAUUCGAUGGUCGUAAUGCCACUCUUAUUGCAUAUGGCCAGACGGGGUCGGUGAAGACGUACACCAUGGGGACUAACUAUUCAGGGAAGGGAAGUAAUGUAGGAGUCAUACCUAAAGUAAUGGAAGACAUAUUCCAGAGAGUCGAAGUGAUGAAAGAUUCAAGAGAAUUUGUUAUUAGAGUCUCAUUUAUUGAGGUACUCAUGAAUAAAGUGUAUGAUUUGUUGGAUCCAAAUUUGCAUGCAAGGGUUUCCUUACAAAUUAGAGAAAUUGAUUGAGGAACAACAGUUGCUGGAGUCAUUGAGGCAGAAGUUAGGACAAAAGAUGAGAUGGCAACACAUCUAUCUUGCGGUUCCCACUCUCGUGCCACUGAGAGUACUGAUAUGAAUGACCAAUCAAGUUGCUCACAUGCUAUCUUUACAAUUACUAUGGAGCAAAAGAAAGUUGCACGCUUCAUAGCCGGAGUAACUAAUGAAGACAUUGGUGAUGACAACAUAUGUGCAAAACUGCUUCUACUGGAUCUCGCUGGUUCUGAAUGUGCAAAACGAACGGGUGCAGAUAGCAAGUUUCUUGUAGAAGCUUGUGUACGUCCUGCCAUCGCAAAUCGUAAGGAAACCCUGAGCACAUUGAAGUAUACAAAUCAUGCUCGCAACAUUCAGAACAAGGCAGUUGUUUUGCAACGAAAAACAGAAAAAGCUUCUAUGUCUACAAAAUGUUGCAUUGACUGUAGAGAAAAGGACUCAGAAAUAAGAGAUUUGAAGGAAAAGGUUGUGAAGUUGGAGAUGGAAAAAGCAGACUGUAGAGAAAAGGACUCAGAAAUAAGAGAUUUGAAGGAAAAGGUUGCGACACUCAGUAAAUAUGCCAGCAAGUUGGAGAUGGAAAAGGCAAAACUUAUACAUCAAGAGGAGUCACUGGGCUACAGGAGCUCCUCUAGAUUGGAAGACAUGGAUACAUCUGAAUCAGAAUAUUUGGAUGAUUCGGAUGAUGAUGAUUGGGUGCCAAAGUCAGAAGAAGAAGAAGAAAAACCUGUUAAGAAAAGGAUUUGUAGAACAAGUGUAGCAUUCAAUCCGUUAGAUACAUUAGUUUGCAGCUCUUGCAGUAAAAACUCUUCUUGCAAAACAAUCAGAUGCCCAUGCCAUGCUUCUGGACGUAGUUGUGGGACUUCGUGUGCUUGUAAGUGUGCCAACCGCAGAACUGUCAAGGGUGGCUCACCAGAGUUCCAAAUUCAUGAGUCCAUUCCAUGAAUAGAUAUACAGAGAGUUUUUCGUUCAGGACCACUCCAUCCACAUCCUCGAGGAUCGUCAGAUGGGCCAGAACAAUAUGUUGCAAUCAUGAAUUCAAUAUUCUCAGCACAGCGUUCAAUGGUUCCUAUAGAUUCUUGUUAUAUAGGUUCUAACAAUUCUGCCUUCCUACAGCAGGCUUCUUACAUAACUGGUGGUGUGUAUCAGAAACCCCAGCAACUGGAUGGGCUCUUUCAAUACCUCUCGGUGCUUUUGCCAUAAAAAGACGAUAGACAUGGGCUACAUAUGUUCUGUAUGCUUGUCCAUAUUCUGUAAGCACCACAAGAAAUGUCCAACCUGUGGCUAUGGCUUUUGGACAUCAUGCAGGUCAGUAUUUGGUCAGGCUCAGUCAGAUGUUACCUCAGCUUCCAAUCUUAAGCGAAAGACUCCAGAAACAUAAUCUUACUCUUCUACAAGCAGAUGUAUUUUUAAUUAUUCAUUUUAGGUGAUUCAUUAGAAGUAAAAUGAUCUGUUUUUGAUGCUCUUCCAUAUAUUACAGUCCAAUUAUUUGUGUUGUUGAACUGGUAUGUCUAGUUCGAAUUUCCUAGCAAUUGGUUUUUUUCAAUUGAGCUGUUUGGGAACCAGAAAAUAUUUGCUGGGACAAUUUUGGUAUACUGUAUACAUUACAAUUUUGGCCCCUAUCAUAUCAGAAUUUUGUUUUGAGAUGCAGCAAUGCUUAAUUUUGCAUUCAACAAAUUGUGCUAAAAGCUAGCGGUUGUACCAAAAGGUACUUGACAAUGUUGCACUUGUCUUUUAUUUUAAUCUUGGCAAGUAUGUUGCCGCAUAUGAACAUUUGUAUGAAUUCUACAUCUUUUUCUCAAUGGA